CCCAUUUUUUCCAAACUACCGGGUGAAAAAUGACACUACGCACCCCUUACUGCACAAAAACACCAUUUUCCACUGGAUCUGACAAGCUGAAGGUCGCACUCUGUUUUACUGUGAUACAGGCAGUUCAUGAGUGGUUGUGAGAGUGAUUCUGAGAGCAACAAAGAGGAACAAUGCAGUAGAUUUCACACUGGAGUGAAACUUUAAGAGGGAAGAAAGUCUGCAGUCAGACCGGUGGGCAGAGAAAGUCCCUCCCCCAGGAAACAAAGACCAGACCCAGGUUCGGGUUCCACUAGAGAGGAGAGGGCAAGACCCAACAAGCCCAACAAGACCCAACAAGACCCAACAAGACCACCUAUCCAACAAGCUGGUAACAGUCUCCUGCAGCUCUGAGCCAUGAGGUCAUCUUCCCUCCUUCUCCUUUCCUUCCUCGUGGGUGUGUGUGACGUUCGGGGGGCGUCGGACUUUAGAGUGUGUGCAUUCAACCUCCAGCACUAUGGGGAGUCCAAGUCCCAGAACAGCGUGGUCAUGUCCAUUCUUACCAAGAUCAUUACUCGCUGUGAUGUGUGUUUGCUCAUGGAAGUGAGAGACACUAAAGGAAAAGCUGUACCACUGCUGGUUGAAAGGCUCAACAGCUAUGACACGGAUCAUGAGUACUCGUCUGUGGCCAGUGGGAGACUGGGCCGGUCCGCCGGAUACCAGGAGCAGUAUGUGUUUGUUUACAGGACUAAUACAGUGACGGUCACCGGCCAGUACCAGUACCCAGAUGAUCGACCCGGAGAUGUCGAUGCUUUCUCCAGAGAGCCUUUUGUCGUCCGCUUCAAAGCCCCCAGGACAGAUAUAAAGGAGUUUGUCCUCAUACCUCAGCACACCACUCCAGUCAACACCACUAAAGAGCUGGAUGCACUCUACGACGUCUUGCAAGAUGUGAAGAAGAGGUGGAAAACCGAGAAUGUGAUGCUUCUCGGGGACUUCAACGCCGACUGCGGCUACCUCGCUAAGAAGAACAAGAAGAAUGUGCGUCUGAUUACAGAUAAGAACCUCUUUUGGCUCGUUCCGGAAGAUUCAGACACCACUGUGCGAAUGACCACCUCCUGCACCUACGACAGGAUCGUUGUGAAUGGGGAGACGUUUGCCAACGCUGUCGUGCCUUCUUCAGCCACACCGUUCAACUUCCAAAUGGAAUACCAACUCACAGAGGAGCAGGCGCUGGAUGUGAGUGACCAUUACCCAGUGGAGGUCCUGCUGAAGAACAGGGGGCUUGUCAAAGUGGGGCGCUGGCUGGGGAACGCUGCGUUCAAAGUCUCCUUCACUGGUGGCGCUCUCUUGGAUUUAAUGGUUGUUCUCGGUUCCCUUGUUUUCCAAAUGGUAUCGUCAUAAGCUGAGUUUUUUUAUACAGUUGUCAAUCAAAUUAUCUAAAGUUCGCGUAAUGACGUCACAUGCUGUGUUGCAAUCAAACUGGUACAUGGAAUUAAUUUUUGUAAUUUUAAGGUGUUUCCAUUCAUUUUUGCACUGAAUUGCACAAUAUGCAAGAAAAACAUUUGUGCACAAAGUUUUUCUAGACAAAAUGGAUCGCGCCGU